AUGACUGAGGUUACAGGUUGUUUUAGCAGCGUAGCACUACUCAUGAUCCUAUAUAUCUUACACCAAUCAUGUGUUGCUGAGAGUACAUUAAUUUACAAUGUCCUAAGCUUUGGAGCUAAACCUAACGGUGUAAUAGAUUCUACCCAAGCUUUUCUAGAUGCAUGGACUGCAGCAUGUGCCUCCUCCGAUUCAACCACUCUAUAUGUACCCAAAGGGAGGUAUUUGCUUCGCAAUGCUAUGGUUUUUAAAGGCGAUAACUGCAAAAGCACAGAUGUUACUUUUCGGAUUGAUGGAACAUUGAUUGCUUCGUGGGAUUACCAAAUCCUUGGCCAAGCAGGCAACUGGCACUACUACAUUUUAGUCUUUGCGCGACGAAAGGGUUUUCGUCGCGCAAAAACGAUUUUAGUCGCACAUCAUUAUGCGCGACAGAAUAUUCGUCGCGCACAAUCCGUCGCGCAAAGGUCGUGA